AUCGCCGCUGCAUCAUCAUCACAUCACCACAAAAGCAACCUCACAACCGCGGCCUCGUCAGGGGCUAACGAACCGAUACGAGCGCGUGCGAGUUUUGAAGGCGACCCGAAGACGAUCGCACCACACACACGCAGGAGGAGCAUGGCCUCAAGACGAGCCAGCUGUCUGGCCGAGGCCAUGACGGGCCUCAGGCUCUCGCCGUCAAAGUCGUCUUUCUCUUCUUCUCUCACUCUCCGCCAGCCUGCUUCUCGAUCCAUGGCUACCGAGGCCGCAUGGUCGUCACCACCACCCGCGCGGGACUCGAUGACGCGCUCCGCCUCGGGCACGCAGUCUAUCCUCCAGUCGUGGAAUCCGGUGUCCACCGUUCCCGUCACCGUCCACGCCUUCCCCUCGCUCGAGCCCACCGCCCUCGACCACCACCCCGUCUCGCACCUCCACCUCCCCCUGCGGCGCGACCUCCUCCACGCCGCCAUCGUCUACGAGGGUUCCCACACGCGCCAGGGCACCGCCUCGUCCAAGACGCGCUACGAGGUGCACGGCUCCCACCGCAAGGUCCGCCCGCAAAAGGGCACCGGCCACGCCCGCCUCGGCUCCAAGCAGAGCCCCGUCCUGCGCGGCGGCGGCAAGACGUUCGGCCCCCACCCGCGCGACUUCGGCAUCGGCCUCAACCGCAAGGUCUACGACAAGGCCUGGCGCACCGCCCUGAGCUACCGCUACCGCCGCGGCGAGCUGCUCGUCUGCGAGGACGCCGGCCUGCGCCUCGACAUGCCCCGCGACUUUGAGCUCGUCGCCGACAGGUACCUCCGCGACGGCAUGCGCGAGGCCUACCUCGAAAAGUACAUGGGCGGCGUGCUCGCCCGCCUCGGGCUCGGCCGCGCCGACGGCCGCACGCUCUUCGUCACGGGCGGCGACAGCGACGUCGGCAGGCUGGGCGAGGCCAUGGCGCAGGUGCCCUGGGACGGCCGCGUCCUCGACAUUGAUGACGUAGACGUCAAGGACCUGCUCGAGAUGGGCAAGGUGGUCAUGGAGCGCGCCGUCCUGCGCGAGAUGCUGGCCCGGCACCAGAGCGACCUGGUGAGCCGCGUCUUUGUUCAGGGGGUGCCGCAGCAGCAGCAGCAGCAGUAGCGGUAGCGGUGGAGCUACAAGGAGAGGAGGCCAGCAGCAGGGGGGACUAGCAGCUCCGAAACGGUCAGCACGGAGUGGGUGGCGUAUGCAGAGCCGCCUAUAGAUGCCUUGCGUAGGUACUAUCGGCAUGCAAAGGCUGUGUACUGUAUCAUAUACAUCACAUGUAGCUAUAAAAAGAGAGCAAAUGACGCAUGUUUUACAG